AUGCAAAAGGGUGACUUUUAUACAAUUGACGAUUAUGUUGAGAAUCCUCACCGCGUUCUCAGCUGUCUCAUCAUAGUCUCUCGACAUCUCACUCAUAUCACCCGCACCCACCCUAAGUGGCGCUUGGGUGCUGGUGGCAUCUGGAGAGCCGGCCGUGCAGAGUACACGGCUUAUGUGCGGCCAGUAGUCGGGUGCCCAGAUGGGUGUCAGGGAAACGAUGUUAUCACAACACCUCCCACGAGCAAUUACCUGGUGGGACUUGUUCCCCUGAUAUCUCUUGUCUCACAAGUAGCCAAAGUCCUGUAUCUCAGACUUCAAGACGAUAUCCAGCAGUCAGAAAUAGAUCUGCAUCUCCAAGAGAACGAGUCAAGGCUGCAGAAGGGUCGAUCCCAAAAAGGAGAUGUGGGUGCAUGGUUGGGCGCUGAGGAGAAUUUCAUUGAUCAAGGCGAAACCCCUAGCUUCUCCUCACCUACAGCACUAGGGAACCAUGUUCACCCCGACUGGCUGCCCCCAAAAGACUGCCAAGAGGCGUUGAUAGACAUAUAUUUUCGUCGGAUACACCCAUUGCUGCCUCUUCUUGAUGAACAUGAAGUACGAACCCAGCACAGAGCAGGUAUUCUCCCUCCGCGGCUUCUUCAAGUGAUUUGUCUUGUUGCAGCGAAGGACCAGAGCGCGGUGCCUUUCCAAUGCCUUGGUUCCCAUCCAAACACUCUUCCACUGGAGAAAUUCAGUAACAUCAUCUAUACUGAUGCUAUGCAAAACAUCUCAAGAAGGGCCGAGAAAAAAGUACUCGCAAUACAAAUCUUGGCGCUUCUGUCACUGCACGAAUGGGGCUCCACUGGGUCCGAGGAUUGUUCUUUGAAUCUGGCCCAGGCUAUUCACCAUGCCCAGACCAUGGGGUUGCAUCUGCUGAGGCCAGAUCAACACUCUAGUACCUCUUCCAAGGGUAUUUUCUGGUGCCUGUGGAGUCUAGACCGAUGGAACGCUGCUAUGAAUGGGAGACCCCUGAUGAUCCACGACGGAGACAGGAGCCAGGGGGUGGAUGACGUUGUUUCAACGUUCCACUCGCCGUUUCGUGUCUGGCUUCGGAUUUCCGAUAAGCUCGGAGAAGUGAUUCACUUCUACCGACCGAUCAUGAAAGGCAUGGAUCAGAGCGAACUCGAUCUCCCCUCCUUUGAAGAUAUUGUAGAGCAAUGUGAGGCCUGGGACAUGUCUCCAGACCUGCUUGAGUCUCUCGAGCUUGUUUAUCAUUCUGUGAUUAUUCUCUCAACACAUUCCACCGGAUUGCAAGGACGUUCACGGCCAUUAGCAUCAAAAAUCCGACAAAGUCAUUCAAUCCUUACCAUCGCGUCGCUUAGUUGCAAUCAAGAUAUUCGGAAUUUUCUGCCGUUUCCGAUGAUCGGUUACACCAUCUCGCUCGUCUUCUCGGUCACGUACAAACAGCUGAGAGAAAGCAAACUGCCAAGUGCACGCCACGCAGCCAUUUCUCAAAUUCGUCUAUUUCAUCAGUGUCUCAAGAAAAUGGGCACUACAUGGUGGUCGGCCGCUGUGAUGACUCGUCUAGGCCAACGUGUGUUAAACAGCAUCCAACCCACCAUAGACGAAGAACGUUCCACAGGUCCAGAAAUCAAUAUCACCCGACUAAACUCUCUGCCGGAAUCAAGUCAUAUAUCUUCACAGCCACUUAUUUCCACUGAUAAUAUCCCGUCGCACUCGGUUGUCGACAUUGCGCAGGUGGCGAGACGGAUUCAUACAGGAUCUCAGACCACACACCCUCUGGCUGGUCAUCGACUGGGAUCGGACAAACCUUCUAAUUUCGAAGUAGACACCACGCCAUUGUUAACAGCAACUGAAAUCGAGGAUUUUGAUACCUUUUUCGGCAAUUUUCUUGAUGUUGGUUUUCCGAACCGCUCGAAUGAUCAAUUAUUGUUAGAUCUCGACAUGGCCGACUUCGAAUUUGGGGACGGUCUAGCUUGA